ACGACCUCAUCCAGGGCGACUUAUUUUUUAUAGUACACGGGUAUAUAUUUCUUAUUUGAUAAACUACACCUCCCAGGAUGCCUAACAACACACUCGCCUACAAAGCGAUUCUUGACCAGCGUUUUCUGGAUUGGUUGUAGACGCUGUCACUUAAACAGUUUCACAGGGAGGAGCCAAAACAAUAAUGGCGUCUGCAGGACAAGCGCAGGAUAUGGAAGUUGACAGGCGAGCCGAGUCAGAGGAGUCUGGGGAUGACGAGGGGAAGAAGGGACUGAAUGGGGAGUCUGACCCCGCACAGCAGGGUAUUGGAGCGAAAGAGUCACCUGUUGACAUGGAAACUAUAAUUCUUGACCCUGAAGCAGAGGAUGUGGAUUUGAUUCACUGUCGAAUCGGGAAAAUAGAGGGCCUUGAGGUGCUCCGGAAGGCAAAGAUACUGAGCCUGCGUCAGAAUCUGAUCAAACAGAUUGAGAAUCUGGAGGAACUGGUAUCUCUGAAUGAGCUGGACCUCUACGACAACCAGAUCAAGAAGAUUGAGAACCUCCAGGCCCUCACAGAACUUGAGGUCCUGGACAUCUCCUUUAACAUUCUGCGCAGGAUGGAGGGGCUGGAGCGCCUGACUAAACUGCGAAAGCUCUUCCUCAUGAACAACAAGAUCAGCAAGAUUGAGAGCCUGGGACACCAGCAGCAGCUGGAGAUGCUUGAGCUGGGCUCCAACAGAAUCAGGGUCAUAGAGAACAUUGACAACUUAUCACACCUGGACAGUUUGUUUCUGGGGACGAACAAGAUCACAAAGUUACAGAAUCUCGAUGGACUCACCAACCUGACGGUCCUCAGUAUACAGAGUAACCGCAUCACCAGGAUAGAGGGUCUGCAGUGCUUGAUGAACCUGCGUGAGCUGUACCUCAGCCACAAUGGGAUUGAGGUCAUUGAGGGGCUGGAAAACAAUAAAAAACUGACCACAUUGGAUAUUGCUGCAAACAGAAUAAAGAAAAUUGAAAAUAUCAGUCAUCUAACAGAGCUUCAGGAAUUCUGGAUGAACGACAACCAGAUAGAAAACUGGGGGGACCUGGAUGAGCUGAAGAAUGCGCAUGCCCUGGAGACAGUGUACCUGGAAAGGAACCCCCUACAGAAAGACCCCCAGUAUCGGCGCAAAAUCAUGCUAGCCCUGCCCACCGUGCGACAGAUUGAUGCCACCUUCAUCCGCUUCUGACCUGCCAGGCCCCCCGCCCUUCUCCCCUCCCUGGGACUGAAUAUCCAGUAUCUGCACGCUCACCUGGUUUAUAUCCUGCACUUCAGCCUGAACCAGGACCUCUAAACACAAAGCACACCAACCAGUCCUUGGAAUGAGCAUAUGAGUGUCUCAUACGUUGCAGUGUCUGCUGUUUUUAAUAUUAUUUAUUUAACCAUUAAUACAUUCUAAUCAAAUCUGCUUCUUGAUGAGGUUGUAGGUAUUUUCAUUCUCAGCUGUCCGGAGAUUAGUGUCCACAGACCCCUACUGAGCAUGGUGAGCAGGUUCAUAAAAAAAAGAUAUGUUACUUGAUACUGGUUCUAUUUUCUGUGGAAUUUGAACAUUUUGUUUUAAAAUAAGACUGUUUUCAAGAUACUGUUUGGAUAUGGACAAGUGAACUGGCAUUUGAAAACAAUAAAAAAACAAUGUGCAAUGAAAGAAUUCUCAGCUAUUGCUAGCCUGGAAAAGCGUAUACAUAUCCAGCAAACACAGUUUUAUUUAAAAGCAACACUUUUAGGAAACAGACCACACAAAGCAGGAAUUGAUUUGUAAUGAACAAACGUGUUUGAAAAAAUACACAAGGAUGAACUGUAUGCAGUGUAAACACCUGUAGGAAAGGAAAGGUAACUACUCAGAAAAGUCACUUCCGUGCAGCACAGCUGUCUUAUGUAUGCCCAUAUGAACCAUUUUCUAGCAUUUUCAGUACAGAAAGAUACUGACAGUAUAGUACUGAAUUAGUCUUAGGGUUAUCCUUCUGUAUAGUAUAGUGUUUGAUUUUUGAAACAGUUCUUAUAGAGACAUGUUUCUAACUUGAUCAGCAAUCUAAGCAAAUUUUUGCCAAAUCUACAAUGGAUUGUUCUUGCCAAAUCUACAAUGGAUUGAGCAGGACUUAUACAACUUAUAAAAAGUCUCACCUGCUUCGUCUUGCCCUUUUAAAUUAUGUAUUGGAAGAAAUAUAGGGGAAACUAUAGAUUGUAACCUAUUCAACGUGGGUUAGUAUAGUCUUGAUUGUUUACAUGACGGCCGCUGAUCAUUUUUAAAAUAUCAAGCAGUAAAAAUAAGACUGAUGAACAAGGGAAUUUAAUAAUGCCUACACAUGUUUAUCUUUCCUUCUCCAACUCCAAUUGUUUUGGUAACUACUGUAUGUUUCAAAGAUAUUAAAUGAUUUUUUUUCAGAAGCAACACUAAUGAAGUCCUUAUCCAUUUAGUUUGACUGCUUGACUUGUAUUCAGAGGUACAGUGUAAUUAAAAAAAUAAAUACAUUUUGAGUCCCUAAUUAUUUUACCCCUGAUUUUUCUGCCAAAUUUAGAUUGUCCAAUAUUUUCCCACUCACCGCAUCAAAUAUCUGGAACUGAUCAAAUAUCCUCCAGAACGGCGAAAAACGUGUACAUGUUCUGACAAGACAGGGCACUGUGAUUGAUCAAAUUGAUUUUUCAAAUUCACACCUGCCAGUUUUAGGAGACACUGCAUGGGUCAGGACUUAUGAGCAACCCUUUUCUUCACUAAAUAUAUUAUUGAUUGUUUUUGUUUUGGACUGGUGGUAAAAGAAAUAUGUGUUUUUAAAAGUUCUGUGGAUGAAACCCACAGUAGUAACAAAGCCUUCAUACAGAUGAGUAGAAACAGUUAUAGGAUGUCAGUUCUUGGGACCACUGCACUGUAUAUGUACCACAUUGGACAUCUUACUCCUAGCAACUGUCAAGAAUCACAUUUAAAAAUAAAAUAAUUUACAUUC